AACCUCCACUUUUCUUGCUGGGCAAAGGCAUCAUGAGUUGUCAGAUCUCGUGCAGAUCCCGAAGAGGAGGUGGCGGCGGCGGAGGAUACCGGGCCUUCAGCAGCGGCUCGGCUGUGGUCUCCGGAGGGAGCCGGAGAUCGACCUCGGGCUUCUCCUGCCUGAGCCGACAUGGAGGUGGUGGAGGAGGCUACGGUGGAGGUGGCUUUGGCAGUCGGAGUCUUGUUGGCCUUGGAGGGAGCAAGAGCAUCUCCAUAAGUGUGGCUGGAGGAAGUGGAAGUUUUGGCUCCGGUGGUGGAUUUGGUGGCAGAGGAGGCGGUUUUGGAGGCGGCAGUGGCUUUGGAGGUGGCCGUGGUUUUGGUGGAGGCAGUGGCUUUGGCGGCGGCGGUUUUGGUGGAGGCAGUGGCUUCGGUGGAGGCAGCGGCUUUGGAGGAGGCAGUGGCUUCGGAGGUGGCGGUUUCGGUGGAGGCGGCUUUGGUGGAGGCCGCUUUGGAGGUGGUGGUGGCUUUGGAGGCUUUGGAGGUCCUGGUGGCCCUGGCGGCCCUGGUGGUUCUGGCCCUGGAGGAUUCCCUGGUGGUGGCAUCCAUGAAGUCUCUGUCGACCAGAGUCUCCUGCAGCCACUCAACGUGAAAGUUGACCCAGAAAUCCAGAACGUGAAGUCUCAGGAGCGGGAGCAGAUCAAAGUUCUUAACAACAAAUUUGCCUCCUUCAUUGACAAGGUGCGUUUCUUGGAGCAGCAGAACCAGGUGCUGCAGACCAAAUGGGAAUUGCUGCAGCAAAUAGACGUGAGCUCCCGGACCACCCACCUGGAUCCCAUCUUCCAGACCUACAUCAGUAUACUCAAGAAACAAGUGGAUACGCUUCAGGCAGAAAGAACCUCGCAGAAUUCAGAGCUGAACAACAUGCAAGAUCUUGUGGAGGAUUUUAAGAAGAAGUAUGAGGAUGAAAUCAACAAGCGUACCAGUGCUGAGAAUGAUUUCGUGACACUUAAAAAGGAUGUGGACAAUGGCUACAUGAACAAGGUGGAUCUGCAGGUCAAUGUGGACUUACUGACCCAGGAGAUUGACUUCCUGAGAACACUCUAUGAGGCGGAACUAUCCCAGCUUCAUCAGACUAUCACCGACACCAAUGUCAUCCUGUCCAUGGACAACAACCGCAGCCUGGACCUGGACAGCAUCAUUGCCGAGGUUCAGGCCCAGUAUGAGGAAAUCGCCCAGAAGAGCAAGGCCGAGGCUGAGGCCCUGUACCAUAGCAAGUAUGAGGAGCUCCAGGUGACUGCUGGGAAACAUGGAGAGAGCCUGAAAGAGAUCAAGGUGGAGAUCAGUGAGCUGAACCGCAUGAUCCAGAGGCUGCAAGGGGAGAUCUCACACGUGAAGAAGCAGUGUAAGAGUGUGCAAGACGCCAUUGCAGAUGCUGAGCAGCGUGGAGAAAACGCCCUCAAAGAUGCCAAGAACAAGCUCACAGAGCUGGAGGAGGCCCUGCAGCAGGCCCGGGAGGACCUGGCCCGGCUGUUGCGUGACUACCAGGAGCUGAUGAACACCAAGCUGUCCUUGGAUGUGGAGAUUGCCACCUACAGCAAGCUGCUGGAGGGCGAGGAGUACAGGAUGUCUGGAGAAUACGACAACAACGUGACUGUGUCUGUGACAAGCAGCACCAUAUCUUCAAAUGUGGCAUCAAGGGCUGGCUACGGAGGCCCCAGUUCUGGAGGUAGAGGUUCCAGUUAUGGAGGAGGAGGAUUCAGCUCUGGAAGUAGCAGUUAUGGCUCUGGAGGCAGAGGCUCUGGCUCCAGAAGUGGUGGUGGAGGAGGCUCCGGCUCUGGAGGUGGCUUCAGAGGAGGCUCUAGUUCCGGAGGAGGAUACAGCUCUGGUGGUGGCUCUAGAGGAGGCUCCGGCUCUGGAGGUGGAUACAGCUCUGGAGGAGGUUCCAGAGGAGGCUCCAGUUCUGGAGGAGGAUACAGCUCUGGUGGUGGCUCUAGAGGAGGCUCCAGUUCUGGAGGUGGAUACAGCUCUGGAGGAGGUUCCAGAGGAGGCUCCGGCUCUGGAGGUGGAUACAGCUCUGGAGGAGGUUCCAGAGGAGGCUCCGGCUCUGGAGGUGGAUACAGCUCUGGAGGAGGUUCCAGAGGAGGCUCCAGCUCUGGAGGAGGAUUCAGCUCUGGUGGAGGCUCCAGCUCUGGAGGAGGUUCCAGAGGAGGCUCUGGAUCUGGAGGGGGAGUUUCUGGCUCUGAAAGGGGUGGUUCUGGCUCAGGUGAAGGUUGCGGUUCCAGCGUGACCUUCUCUUUUAGAUAAGAUGGGUUCUUUUCCCAACUCUUCCACUCCAGAAUGUAGGAACCUGUCUCUGUACCUCUAACUGACAGCAAGUCAAAUUCUGUCACCCAUUUCUGAAGGCAUCUGGGGGGAAAGGGAUGCCCAUAUAUAGUAUUUGAAAGAUCUUUCCAAACCAGUUAGUUAGAGCCAGUGAUACCCAUUGUGUUCUGGAGAAAAACAUCAUUGUCCAGAUUUUUCUUCCAGCCAUGCCCCAUUCCUGGCACCCCCACCCCAUGUUCCUGCAAUGUCCACUUGGUAGUUCUUUUCCAGGCGGGUGUUCUUCUGAUCAGCCCUGGUGGCCUGCUGGUUCCAUCUCAAAGCUCUUGCCUUUCUCCUGCCAGUGCCCAGGGGAAACAUGCUUCUGUGUACAUAGUCCCUCUCGUCACCUCUGCUUUUGGAAGUGCUGUGGUCGGGUG